CCACCGUACUCAUCAGCGUCACUUCGAGUGCAGAUCACUUCCAGAAUCGAAUGGCGAUACGCGACACAUGGGGAGGCACGGCCCUCAAAAUGGGCUUCGUCGUAGUCUUCCUGUUGGGGGCGACACCGGACCACGAAGUACAAAGAAAAGUGCUGGCAGAAAACGAUAUUUACGGUGACGUCGUUCAGGGGGACUUCAUCGAGAGCUACGAGAAUCUCACCUACAAGACCGCGAUGAUGAUUCGUUGGACUCGAGCAAAAUGCUCAAAGGCUGAAUUCGUGCUCAAGAUCGACGACGACAUGAUCCUCAGUGUGUGGGACUUUGCCGUCAUCUUGAAAGGUUUGGAAGGAAUCAAGCACUCAAUGUGGGGCUACUUGUACCGUCAUCACGGACCCAAUCGCAACGUAUCUUCCAAGUGGUAUGUGUCUGAAGAGGAAUACGCGCCAGAUACAUAUCCAGACUUCCUCUCUGGCACAGGCUAUCUGAUUUCGGGCGACGCCAUUUCAGCCCUGGAUGACGUUAUCCACGACGAGUGCUUCUUUCCUCUGGAAGACAUCUAUUUGACCGCCAUUGUAGCUGAGAGGGCACAAGUAAGACGUUUGCAUUUGAAUGGCUUCUCGAACGAACACAUCGGAUACUACCAGCCAUGCUCGAUCCCGAUAGUUGUGACAUCGCAUGGCUGGAGCCCAAGAGCCCUGAGAGAACAAUGGAAGUUUGCAGUCGACCGCUUGAACUUUACACUUUGCGUGGGAAUAAAUAAGCACCAGAUGGUGUCCUAGGAA